GGCGGUGCAUCCUGGGAAAUAAACUAACAUGGGUACGUGAAACCAUGCAGAGCUUGCACGUCUCUCCAUGACAGGAGAUGAACAAAAACUAACGAAAUCACUGUGAAGGCAAAAGGCACACUUUGACCCAGGACAUCGCUCAUCUUGACGGCGGCUCUGCGGACAGUGAGGCGCUCUGACGGGACUGCCUCGCCGUCACAGGUCGGUCGGUCGGUCGGUCGGUCGGUAGGUUGGUGGGUCGGACCCUGGGCUGCUACGAUGUGUGUCCGCUGCUCCACGAAGCUCCGUCGUGGAAGUGAAUCUUUCACCGGAUGAUGGACAGGAACUACCCGACCUCCAGCUUUGCGGACGCGCUGGCUGCUCCAGCACAGACCGUAGCUUCAUGGGCCUAUGACCGCAGCGCGGCUAGUGUCAAGCCCAGGUAAAUGAUGCAGGAGAGAGGGCGCAUUCCCGAGGAAAUAUCGAUGAUGGAGGGCCUAGUUUGUUGUGAAAAAGUGAGGAAGUAUGUGUUGAUACUGAGAAGACUGGAGGAAUUGGACAAAUCUGGGAAUUUUACGGGAGUUGGAGAGGCUUUGACUCUGUCUCCCACCCUGCUAGUUUUGGCUAGCACACCGCCUCAGCAUGGCUGUGUAGAGAGUUAUACAAACUAAAGAGGAAUUUAUUCAACAUGUUUUAUAAGUUGACCUGCCAGGUAGAUAAAACGAGCAUUUUAUCGACUGCUUUACUUUGCCCACAGGUGCCCGCUAGAGCAUAAACAAGAGAGGUAACUAGCUUGCAAUGCUAGUCGUGUGAGUUAUGGCACUUAAAUUAUUGGUAUUUGGCUGAUGUGUUGUUACCUAAGAGCCAAGGGACGACGUGUCGUAGGCUGAAUGUAUGUGUGCCAGUAUUUUUCUUAUGAAAGGUGCGGGUCUAUGGCGGUCUUUGACAUCAUUUUGACUUCUGCACCCUCAAAUCUGUGUAAGUUGCAAGGCUCAAGCAUAGUCGUACUCACUUUGGUUAGUUCAGCCAAGUAGGUCUAAGUUUUAUAGACCCAAUGCACAACAGUUUAUCAAAAACCAAUACUAACACUUUUUAAUGAUGUCAUUUACAGAGACCUAGCAUACACCGACCAGCCAUAACAGUAUGAACACUUGGUCAAUCUAAUGCUACCCAACACAACACCAUGAAAUUCCCCUUAACUGAGCCCCUACUUUUUCAGUUUUGUUGACAUGAUCAAACCAGUUCUUUAAUUGUUGAAGUUGUUGUGGGUUCAUUGUAGUUAAAGGUGUUCCUAAUGUUUUGUUAAUCCCAUGUCCUAAUGUAAGGGGCAUGUUUUAAUGUAACACACUCCAGCACACUAACAACAACCACGAUAUCUCCAGUAAUAUAUAGACAGUACAUUUACCAACUGUCUGAAAAUCAUGAAUCAUCUUUUGAAGUAGAAUUUGUGGUAGUACUGUUGCAUUACCAAGUGUCAAUAAUGUUAUAGCAGGUUGUUAUAUAUCAACCAUGAGAAGAGCACCUACCCACAUUUGAUGUAUAUCAGCAGCAAAAUUAAACUUAUUAUUUACAGGCAGAAACCUCAAACAGAACCAGACUUAUGGUGAACAGCCAUCUGGUACACCUGCUUGGGCUUAGAGGGUGGAAAGAAAGAGUUGGAUAGAGACAUGUAAUGAGAACGACAACAAAAACAACAAUAGUAGAAACAGAUUGAUGCCAAUGAAGUAUGUGCAACGUUAGCAAGAACAGCAAGGUCUGACAACAGACUGGUCUGAUACGGGCAUAAACAACUAUAAUGACGGUGCAAUGAGGAGGGCUGAUAAUGUGAAGUAAAGAUGUUAGAGUUUAGUAUCCCCAAUAUUCACAUUGAUAAUUAUAGUAACUAAAAUAGAAUUAUAACUGAUACACCUCUGUUGUAUCAUGGUCUACUACAAAUGACAAAACAUCAUGGUGCUUAAAAACAGUAUUUCUACUAUUAACAUAGGAUGUGUCGCUAAAAGUAGCAGCAUCUCUGCUAGUCCCUAGUAUAUCUUUGCAAGGCAAGUAAUGCAAGUCUUCAACAGAUAAAAAACAAUGCUGCAGUGAACAGUCACACAUAAGCGAAUACUAAAUCCUUUUGCUGAAAGACAUAAAUCAUAGUGUGCUGCAGUACAAGCAGUCAGACAUUGUAUGCGUUGAUAACUUCAGAAAAGCAGCCCAGGGUUAUCUCGGUUUUCCUCUUGUCAUAUCAGUGUGACCCAAAUAGCAAGAGUUUGUGGGUGUUGAUGUAUUUUCCUCAGCUGCUGAGGAAACAGACUGUUGUUGUAGCCCUGGUAAACAUUUUUUGAUGAAAGGCCUUUAAAAUCGAAAGCCAACUAACACAAUAACUCAGCCAUAAACUUUUGAUUUAGAAAGAGUACUAUGUUGGGCUGAAAAACCCUGAGAGGGGUCAUUAUUUAACUGCAGUGCUGUACUGGACUGCAUCCUAAAGAGAAAUAUUUCCAAUGUUUUGACCAUUACAUGUACAAACCUGGGGGAAUAUUAGAAACACAUUCAAAAUAAUGUCAUCCAGUUUAGCACAAACAAUGAACUCAAACCUCAGUAUUAAGCAUACGGUACAAUUUAUACCCAUGACUGUGUAAAUGCAAAUGUUCACAAAGUGAUUAUUGUGAAUGAAGAAAAGCUGUUGUGUUGGAUUGCACCAGAUUGCAAACGUGUAUCUUGUUAAGAAGCCAAGGAUUUUCCUCCGAGCUUGGCUGCAUGUUAUGUCACUUUUUCUCAGAUUAAUAGUCAAAUAGCUGAGAAGCGUUGUAUAACAGGAGAUCGCACAUCUGUGAAUGUAAAAGGGACAAGGAAAAGCUGCCGAUGACACCCUCUCUGCUCUGAGUCUUUCCACAGAUGUUUUCCUUCUGGCAGAAAGGGAACACUUUAGGUCAGGCUGGCUGCCUCUGAUUAGCCCACCUCUGGUUUUAUUUCUCUUUUAAAUCGUUUUCCCAAGAGAAGCAGAGAGUCAUAUGCCAGAUAUUAAGUUUUUGCUAUUACCAUAGCACGCCACUCCAAGCAGAUUAAUCCAGCAUUGACUGGUGGAUUCUACAACUUACAACAAUGUAGGGUUUGGGCCAAGUCAGGUUAUUGAUACUUGGCUCAUUUUGACACAGCGCUCUUCUUUAAGUCAUUAUUGCAUUUUCUGAGAAUCUGGUUUGUGCCUGCAGGGCUUGUGGAUGAAAACAAGAAUGCAGUGUUUCAAGAAAAGUCAUUUGUCCAGGUCAUACAUAUUCGGGUGCUUCACAGAUACCUGUGAAGGUUUGAGCUCUCAUGUAUGUGUGUUUUGUGUUUAUGCAGUUCCAGUUAUGGUGCAGCACAACUUGAUGCAGAGCUCCUCCAGCGGCAAAGCUACACUUCAACCCACCAGCUGCCCACUUACACUACAUCACACCUUCCUGCUGCAGCAGGUGAGCAGUUAAAGUUAUGACCCACUGUGUGUUUUACAGGUCAGAUAAUCGAAAGUAAAGAUCAGUUAGGCUGUCAGGAGUUUUAAGGCCAAUAUUGACAUUUCAGGUACAAAAUAUUUAAUUCCUGGGAAUAAGUUAAAACAUGAACAUGUCUCAUUAACUUUGUCCCUAUUUUAUGAUGGUCACAGGUAUGUAUGAGGGAAACUAUCAGAGAGGGAAUGUCAAAUCAAACGUUUUUUUCUGUGCAGUGCAGCUGGUCUUCCCCUUAACCUCCUUCCUCUCUUCAAUAUUAGGAGCACUUGACUCAAGCAGUAAUACUUCUGAGACCUCAAUCAUGAGCUUCCUGUCAGCUAUGGAGUCUAGAAGCCUUCAGGCUGGUCCUGUUAGUGCCUCACUGCUUCCUCCUUUCAGACCCCCAUCAUGGCCUGCUGGUGAGAAAAAGUCCACUGUUUCACAUACACACUGCUUACUGUGGCGUAUCCAAACAUUUCUGUCUCAUAAACAGUUUGUAAGGUUUUUUUCAAUCUAAUCUAAUUUAAACAGUUUCAGAUUUGUUUAUAAAAGUGUGUUGUGAAUAACAACUCAGUUCUGGUAAGAGUUGGGGCGCUAUGUUCAAAUAUUUUGUUAAAAAGCUGAAUUUGGUAGUUUGCAUAUCAAUAAAAGCCUAUAUUUCAUUGAAACUGAUGCAAAGACAACAUAUCAAAUGAUGAAACUAGAAAUGUGAUUUUAAUGUGGUUAUGUGUGUGAAAAUUAUAUGUUCUUUUUAAAUUUGAUGCCAGAAACUUAUUUUAAAACAGUUAAUAAAGGAAUUACUGAAAAAGUAAAAAGUUGUGAAAUGCUUACAAAGCAGCUGGAGGAGCGUUUUCCACCUAAUUUGCAACAGUUUAAUAACAUGUCUGGGUGUGAAAAGGCCAUGUAGAGAGGCUGAGUCUCUCAAGAGGAAAGAUUGAGAGAGGUUCACCACUUUGUGAGAGACUGCGUGAGCCAACAGCUCAACAAUCUCAGAAUAAUGUUCCUUUGUGUAAAAUAUCAAAGAGUCAGACAUGAUUCUGCAGUGUAAAUCACUGUAAAAGCUUAAAAACACAUCCAGAAACCACUAUCUGUAAGCUUCGAUUAUAGCUGCAUCCACAAAUUUUGGCUGAAACAUGAUACUGGUCAGGUCUAUGGGUCGAAGCCCAUUUAAGACAGACUGAGGGGAAAUGGAAAGUGUACUUUGGUCUAACAAAUCAAAGUUUGACGUUCCUUUUGGAAAUAAUGGAUGCUCUGUCCCCUUUUCUAAACAAGGACGAGACCACCCUGUUUGUUGUCACGACACAGUUCAAGAGCCAGUAUCCCUGACAAUAUAGACUUGAAAGGAGGCCCAUGGCAUAAGGCUCUGUAAAUGUUGAACGAUAUGGACAGGCUUUAGAGCAACAUAUGCUGCCAUCCAGAAGGGAGGACCUUGCCUAAUACAUCAGGAAGAAUUUCAACUGUACUUUGCACACUUCACAACAGUACAACUCUGUAGUAGAAGAGUCCUGGUGCUAAACUGGCCUGUCUGCAGACCCGACUUGUCAAUGCUACUGAAAUUGGUGGGGGGAAAGCAGCAAAGGGAACCCCCAAGCUGUUGAGCAGCUGAGACCUUAUAAGAGGCAAGAAUAGAUAAACUCCAGAAACCGGUCUCCUGGGUCCCCAAAUCAUUAAAUUCAGUUUUAAUCAGGUUUUUUUCACAGCAUGUAAAAAUCUCAACUCUUACGGAACUGAAGUUUGAUUUUUAUCCACUUUCUAAAACUGUUUUCAAUUUUUUUUACAACCAUUUGGAAUACAUUUCAGCCUGUUUCAUUUAAUAUUGUAUACUAUUAACUGGUAAAAUUUUCAAAUUUACCCUCAUGGGUUUUAAAGUAAAGAAACAUCAUCCAUCCAUCCAUCCAUUUUCUACCGCUUAUUCCCGUUCCCGGGGUCACGGGGGGGCGGGAGCCUAUCCCAGCAUCUUUGGGCGAAGGCAGGGGACACCCUGGACAAGUCGCCAGUUCAUCGCAGGGCUGACAUAUAGAGACGAACAAACAUUCAUGCUCACAUUCACCCUCCCACAUCCCAAAAACAUGCCUAAGUGGGGUUAGGAUAAAGAAACAUCAAUACUUUUAAAUUUACUCAUGGGUAAAGAACAUUUGCAUCAUAUAAUAUGAUUAAAAUUGAAAAAAAGAAAAAAAAAAGUUAAGCUGCACAUUCUUGCGGUUUGGAUUUGCUGAAUAAUUUUAUGGAGACAUAAAAAAGUUUGUUUAGUUUUCAAUCUCCACAGAUUUGAUCGAUUGCAUACAGACUGAAGGAUUUCUGCGUGUAUCAUAUCCCGUCAUGCUGCUUGUCCUGGCCUUCAGUCAUCUAUUUUUUGCAUUGCAGGUACCAACGCCUCCACCACAGAACUUUAUUUGACCGGUGCCCUGCCUUCUACUGCUACUUUCCCCUCUCCUGCUGCUCUGUCGUCUUAUCAGCACACCGGUGCCUACCCCUCCCGGAGUUAUGCCACCAACCCAUCCUUGGCUCUCCCUGAUCCUGCCUUCAGCACUUCCACCAAUGGCCUGUUUUCUCAUCAUGACCCCCUCCUCCAUCUGAAGCCCACCCAGGCGGUGCUUCCCUCUGCUCUGGCCUUCAAUCACCUCCCUGCCCCUGGUUUGGGCUCAACUCUGCCUGUUCAGUCCUCCACUUACCGCUCAGCCCAGGAGUCAGCCCCCCACCUCUUACAGCCCCAGUUCAGCCUGUUACCCUCUACCCUGUCUGCUCCUCAUGGCGCUCCACAACCGUACGGAGCGACAGUUUUCUCAGGCUCCAUUGAAAGAGCUCUUCAGCGUGAAUGUAGUGUCAUUAAACACCACCAGAGGCCUUCUAGCAGCCACACAGCCUCCGAGCAGUUGCCUGAAUCAGAGCACUCCUUACAGGGAUACUUUGGCUCUGCUAGCGAAGGGGAUGUGUCCUACCAGCAGGACCCGUCCCGGCAAACCCCAGUGUCCUGCAGCCCUUCUGCAGGUGCAGAUUCCUCUCAGGGGGUCAGUCGUGCUCCACAACCCAAAACAGACUCAGUAACUCAAGCGUAUUCGUCCUCCUCUUUGCUGAAAGCUAAAGACUGUUCUUCCAAAGUAGCUCAACACCCUGCAGGGGGGGAAGAGAGUCACAAACACUCUCAGAAUCUGGCAGCAGGGUCUCCAGAGCAUUAUGCACCCCCAGGACAAAAACAGAACUCAGUGAUUGCUAAUCAGCAGACGGUCCAGCUCUCCAGCCUUAGUCUUGCUCAAACCUACAUCACCCCCCACACCCAAUCCCAGAGCUCCAGUACCACUUCAGACAAACUGUCUCCCCUCUACAAGACUCUGCCCUCCCUCUCCAGUCAGUCUGACAAUGUUGCAUCUGGAAGUCAGACUCUGGUGUACUCCUCCAGUCCUGGGCUAAGCCAGGAGCAGCAGAUCCAGUAUGGAGCCCAGGUACAGGGCUUAUGUCAGGGGAAUCUCUCUGAGAACUACCCCACUUCCCACUCUCAGGGCGCCUCAAAUGUGACUUUCACAUCCCACUCGCAGGGGCAAGUUUCUGCAUCUCAGUCUCAGAGCUAUGCCACAGGACAAUCUCUUAAUCAGUCCCUUGACUCAUCUUACCCAUCCACCUGUGUGCAGAGUCUACCCACGUCAAAUUCUACACAGGACUACACCCUCAUGCAGCCCUCGAUGGAGGGAAAAACACACGACUCGCUGACCCAGCAGCAGACAAUGCCUCAUAAAUAUGUGUUGUCUUCACCGUUGCCUACCUACUCUUCCACUGCGCAAGCCUUACAAAACAAUGUUAGGUCCUCAAUCCAGGAUAUCAAGCCAACAUACGGCAAACAGAAACUUGAAGAGCUACCCAUACAGGACCUUGAGGCUCUCCAGCAGGCGUCUCUGGAAGCGUCUGCUGCAGCUAGCAAUAUGUCCGCUCCUAACAAUGUAAUCUAUGUUGUGUCAAAAAUGGACGAUCACAAGACUCAAAGUGUUAUCAGGAGCAAUUCACGCUCUGAAGACCAGCUCAUGGGGCUGGGUCAGGCGAACUCCGCACAGGUUAAGGAUAGCAGGAUUGGUUCUCUGAGCCAACAGCAUGCUCAUUUAAGCAGUACUAACGGCCACGAUACAAACAACACAAAAACGACAAACUCAAGUAUUAUAGCUUCACAUGUACCCCUAAGCUCAGAGCAGCUUAAGCAGCACUCGCUUCAACUCAAAUCUCCCGAGCCGCACCAACAAAACCACCUGAAUCAUAGCCAGCCUCAAAGUCAGACCCCAGCUGCCCACACCCAGUUCAUCACCGUCCCCAGCACUCAGGUUCUCCUCGAGCAGAACCAGAUGAUCCUCCUCCAGCAGCCCCUCAUGCAGCACGCUCAAAACACUUCAAAGGUGGUAUCGGUGCAAGGUAUUCAACACGCCCAGGAUCUGGGCCCUGUUCAUGUCCAGUAUCUUCAGAUGGAUCGAGACCUGCUGGGUGCCAGUGUCGCUGAAACCCAGAGCCAGCAGGACACAGUAGUGUCUCAACAGAGCUCAGGAUGCCCUGAUGCCUCGAAACACCACUACAGCCAGCCUGUAAACCAACAACCCAACGAUGCCAAGAACCACUUUGCUCUUAACUCCAUUUGCUUCCCUGACUCCAUAUUGCUCGCAGAUGAGAGGAAUAUUCUGUCAAACGUUGACGAUAUCUUGGCUGCCACAGUGGCGGCCUGUGGUGUCACACCACAAGACUUUGUCAAAGCCACAUCCUCCGCCGAAGCCGACAUGGGGGUGAUGGCAAGUCCAGUGGAUUCUAAAGGCCACUUCCAGACGGUUGAUAUAAGGCACAUGUCACCAAGUUUCACCAACUCCCACACCAUGGCCAUGACGCUCAAUGGAGCCCAGAUGACCGCAGACUGUCAGGGCCAACCUGUUCACCACGGUAACAGCUCUGACCUGGACACAAACGGAGACGGAGGCUCUGAAAAUGACUAUCACAUAGCAGGGCAGGUGUAUGACCCUUCAGGUCUCCAGAGCAGAGGCAAAGGGAAUCUAAAGUGUAUCAAGACAGAGGACGGCCUCAUGGACAGUCCAGGAGGAGAGGACUUUUCCAAAAAGAAGGCACGCACCAAGUCCUUGACCAAACCAGUUGGUCCUGAAGAGGACGGCGGACAGGCCAAACAGGCUAAGAAAAGCGGACAGGCAAAGCGGCAAAACUCUAGAGGUAGUGACAUCAGCUCGCCAUCUUCCUCUCAAAAUGUAUAUGACGGUUGUCCACAGCAGGAGAGGAUGAGGCAGAAGAUCCGUGAAGUCGAGGAAAAACAGCCAGAGGUCAAAACUGGCUUCAUCGGCUCUUUCCUGGAUUUCAUCAAAUCUGGGCCCAAACAGCAGUACUCCCCAAGUCCCACAAGAACAAUCAGUCGGCCCAGGAAGCCUUGCACCACGUACAAACCCCCGCCUUGUACUCUGCCAUCAUUGCCUCCCAAACUGCAGACUCUGCCCGGGCCCUUGAUCCCCCAGGAGAGUCAAGCAGUUAGCUCCCAGCAGAAACGGCUGGAGGAAGAUCUGCAGAAGAACCUGGAGACUCUGCCGUCGUUCAGUUCAGAUGAAGAGGAGAACACCGGGAAGAACCAGGCCCUGAGGAACAGCAUCACCUCAGCACUGUCCGCUCUGGACGAGUCUACCGAUAGGAAAACCAGGACAGGUAAUGUUAACCCCAAGACCCUUCAAUACUGUUGUCUCAGCUGUGCUCUGUAUUUUAUAUCAACGAGGGCUGCAACAGUCGUAAAUCAGCUGGGAGCAAGAAGAGUAAUUCCCAAAUAGAAAGUGCAUCAGUCAUUUCAGUGGUUAUUUGAAGAGUGUCAGAUAUUUGCUGCUGGUUUCACAUUCCUGGUGUAAGAAUUUACUGCUUCUGCCGUUUCAUAACACAGAGUAUUAGGUCUCAGGUUGUUUUUUAUAAAGAUGAACACCAACAGGCCUGGCAAGAAUCUCUGAUUUCGGCUAUCCUGCUGCCUGCUGAACAGUCUGGACUCUGCAAAAUAUCUGUCAAUCCCAAAAGCCAAAGUCUCUUCAGAGGACGGCAUAAAGAGUUGUUCCAGUACCAAACUUACAAAGACUUAUUUGGUAUCUUUCUUAUUUUGAACAAUGCUGGUUCAGAAAAAGUCAGGGUACAGAGACCAUUUUUUCACAUACUGAUAAGUGACAUCUUACUCUCUGUUUUGCUGCCUAUUUUUCUUUCCUGAUACUCACUCACAAUCUCUGUCUCUGUGGAAAUCUACCACUGCUUUAAAUAACCUUUGAUACUUUUCUGCUCUUUGUAAUGUAAGGUACAGAUUGAAUUGUUUUAAAGCACAUGAUAGAAAAGUUUCAAGUCGAUGAAAAAACCUUUUCUCAAAUAUUAGAUUUUGCCCCAGAUUUACCGCUCUUAUGCUAAAUUCAUUGUCAGCACAGAAGCAGUUAAGUGUUGAGGUUUGAUACUUGGUGUCAGCAAAUCAAGUUUUCUAUUUGUGGCCAUUUACACAUAACUGCAAAUUAGGGAAGUGAUUUGGAAGCAGCCUUAGUUUGAAGAGUAUUUGAUUUACAAAUACACCUGUUGUCUCUCUUCAUUGCAUUUAUAUGUUUGUGUCUUUUUAUCAUAACCUCUGUCUGAAAUCUAUUUAUUGUCGAUUUAAGCUCACAUUUAGUUGUAAUUUUCAUGUUUCUUUCUAAAAACUGUUUUUCCUUGUAUUUAAACUCCUCUCCAGAAAACCAAAUCCCUGCUUCAGUGAUGAAGCCUAACCAAGUCCCCACUGUGCCACUCACCAUCACCGAGACCCGCUUGCUGCAGGUCGCCACUCCUGUUCAGACAACAAACGCUGUGUCCAGAGGGACCACCUUUGUGGCCAAAGAGGAGUCCAAAGAGACUCCUCCAGGUCAGCUAGCAGUGAGGCUGGUGAGCGUGGCCAUCGGGGGGCUGACUGACGAGGAGCUCUCCGACAGCGGAGGGGAGGGAAUGUACAGAGAGAGAGACGAGUUUGUUGUCAGGAAUGAGGACAUCGAAAACUUAAAGGUACAGUUCUUAAAAUCCUUAAAGGGAAUUGAUUAUUGGAUUCAUUGAAUUAAAGGCCUGUAGUGCAUCGUCUCAUGUGCAUGUGUUCAGGUGACAAUGGGGACAGGUAGUGAACCUCCAGCCAUCUGGAAAGUCCAGAAAGCUCUGCUGCAGAAGUUUGUACCUGAGCUGAGAGAUGGGAAGAGAGUCUUCUCAGCCACAAACAGCGUAAGUGAAAAAACACAAACAGGAGUGCAUGCAUGUACAAGAUGUAUAAGAUCCAUCCUCUUUUAUAAGUUUGCAAAAAGUUCCAUGAUUUUGUUUGUGUGUGCAGUAUCUUGGGUACUUCGGUGAUGCCAAGACCAUGUACCAGAGGGUGUACGUGAAGUUCUUGGACACGGUUAACAAAAGAGAGUAUGUGCGAGUCUGUAGUCGAAAGCCUCGCUGUAAGCCUAUGAACUCGCUAAGGUAAGCUCACAGUACCGUCGGACUUCACGUGGUUACUUCUUCAAACGCGGGUCUGAAGUUUUUUCAUUCUUGCUCUGCCUCUCAGGGGUGUCCAGGUGAAAACUUUGCUGGGUUUGACAGCCAAUCCUUCCUCGGUCUCCCCAAGCCAAAAGCCCCGACCUAAACAGACCAAGCCACGGGCAGAACCCCCACCGAAGAAGAGGAGGAAAUGGAAAGAGGAGUUUUCACCCACGGCCUCAGGAUCAUCUGCUGAAGAAGGUGGUGAAGAUGAUGGUGAAGAAGAUGUUUGAUGUCCCUCUGUAGAUCUGUGAUCAUCCUAAUCUCCUACAUCCUCUUGAUGCUGUCCUGAUCUUUGGUGUCUGUCACACACUUUUAGAGUUAAAUCCUCCUGUGCCAUUUGCUUCACGUCUCCUGAACACAAGAACCAUGAAGGAGACGUUUAAGAGCUUUGUGGAGCUGCUCAUCAGUAUUGCCUUAGACGAAGAUGUUAUUACAGCACUCGAGAGAGCAAACGGUGAGUGGGCUGACUUUCUGGACAAAUGAUGUCUUUUUCGAUUGAGCUGGUGUCUUCAGAAUAGGCCAAAAGCCUGAGGUGUCCUACUACACAGGUGGUCAUCUCCACAUAAACUGAUUUCACUUUUUCAGACGUGUUGCUGCUGCCACACAUGAAGAGAGUGGAUGGGAUGAUCACAGAUAACAGGAAACGCCUGCUGCACAAACUGCACAUAGGGCAGGUCCUAAAGGUGGGUGUGUGUUUCAUUAUUUUCAAGAGUCAUGGACAAGUUAAUUUUAGACUUCAUAAUGCGGUUUUCUUCUGGGGGAAAAGAUCAUGUCAUUUUCAAGCUUAUAAAGCCUGUUUAGAUUUGAAUGAUUUCAACAUUAAAUCGAUGCAGUCUUAAGUCUUUGUUUCAUGGUACAUUAACUUCAAAAAGGAGAAUAGAUAAGCCUGUUGAAAAAGACUGAUUAAUUUUGAAGAUGACAAUAAACAAAAACGGGUUCAGGACCCAAACUGUGGAGUGUGAACGUCCUCAAGGCUAAAACAUACAGGAUCCGCAUUGAGCGCGUAACGUCAGCAUUGCAUAUCCCACAGCAAAUAGGUUGCCGUUCUUUCAAUGAAGUAUUGCAUACAGGAUGCACAUCAGCUCGAUCGCAGCUCCGUAUCAGAAGCGUAUCGAGUGCAGCACUGCGCGCGCAAGGUCUAUUUUUGCUGCUCAACGCUUCCAAUACGUGUCAAUCCACACAGAGAAAAUCGUUCUAGACAGGAUGUAAAGCACGAAAACCGCACAUGUCAUCCGGUAUUUCAAAAUAAAACACCAUAUGCAAACUUCCGACUGUGUAUCAGUUUGUGUAGAUGAGAAAUACUUCCUGGUUAUGGAUUUAUUAGUAGCACAGAACAAUCAGAUGGUCAAGCCCUGAUCCAUGUGGACCCCAACAGGACUUUUAGCUGCUAACUCUGUCUGAAGGUAACAGCUCAGCAUAAAGGGACAUAGUGUACUUUAAUAAACACGAGUAAACCUGCAAAAACCAAAACUGUAAAAUCACGUUGCUUUUUCACAUAUAGUAGAGGCUCAACAGUCACUGAAUUAUAUCCAAAUUAGCAGGAAAUAGACCACAGAAAGGCAAAACAACCUGUUGUGAGCAUGUUGUUUCCUCUAUUCCAGUGGUUCUCAAGUCCAGUUCUCGAGGCCCACUGUCCUGCAUGUUUUGGAUGUUUCCCUGCUCCAACACACCUGAUUCAAAUGAUCAGCUUGUUAUUAAGCCGGUACAGAGCUUGAUAACGAGCUGAUCAUUUGAAUCAGGUGUGUUUGAGACUGGACUUGAGAACCACUGCUCUAUACUAAGCCCAGCCAACCAGGGCUGCACUACGCUGCUGCCAUGCUCCAAAUACACACCCUGUAUUUGAUACCCAGGGCUGCUCUACGGAGCAAAUGCGGAACACGCUCAAUUGAGAUCCUGUAUGUUUUUGGCUUAACGCUGCUGCUCUGUGUCUCCAGACGGCUUUAGACAGCUUCCCAGAGAUCUCAGUUGUGACUGAACUGAAGAAAGACGGGGAAACUCCAGCCUUCAAGGUGCGUCUCAGCGGGAAGGCUUAUAACAAGAAAACCAUGAAACCAUACAAGAUGCCCAACAAAGCACCACAGGUGAGACACCAUGUUUUUCCUUUUUAACAUGCACUUUCAACAUCUUACCAGCAGAGGGCUGUGUUGCUACUUUGGACUUCUAAUUCAUGUUCUCUUUAUUCCAUUCACAGCUGACAUUAUUCCCUUUUUGUCACAAAUAAAUCAGAUGUAAGUGUUAUAAGAAAUGUCUUUCUCUCAUCACAGGAGUACACAGUGGACCAGCAAAAAACUCAGUGGUUCUCUCUGUACCACUCUCUACAGCACUAUAAGUACCACACGUACCUCAUGUGUAAAGAUGAGGUGAGACGUUAUUGUUGUCCAGCUCAUGUUGAAUUGAAUGAGCUGUUUCAUGUCAGUGUGAAUUUAACUUUCUGAUGAGUAACAUUGUGCAGGUUUUGCUCCUAAUGCCAAUUACUCUGAGGAACUUUCCUGUGUAACCUCCCUUCAUUGUUUCUCUGUUUGUGGUUCUGUUGUCCAGAUUGCAUCCCUGCGAUUGCAGGUUGGCGACCUGGGGCAGGACGAGACGGUACAGAAGUGUUUGCAAAACGGAGCAUGGGUGGAGGGGCUCUUUGAUCGCUUCGGAGAGCUGAUCAAUCAAGUGCAGCAGGCCUGCCGGUGAUCCAGCUUGGAUGGGCUCGGGUUUUUUAGACAAGGAAAGUGAAACGACAGAAAAACAAGAGGACGCCUCCAGCAGAGAGGGACUGAGCGAGCGUCUCCUUCAGCCACAGAGAGAUUCGAUCAGGGACCUGAAAGAGGGACACUUGCCUGAGAGGUGUUCGGCGGCUAGUUGCGUGUCAGUGGCAGCAGGAAAAUUGAUGAUCUGCAUCACUGUGUCCCGGCAGAAAGCAGAUACUCGAUUAACAGAGGACAAGGACUUUGUUCCUGGAAGCAUUUUGGGAGACUUCUACUUCAUGCCUCUCCUAGUCUUUGUAGGUUUUUGUAGUUACCAGCCCACUUUUUAUGGGCCUUUUCAUAGAUUUCUAUUGUUUUUGUAAUCUUUUUUUGUUGUUGUUGUUGUUGUUAAAUGCCAGAUUAUAACCAGUGAGUAUGCACUAGACAGAAAGCAAUCAGUGUAAGACGUAGAGCACAGCAAAUAAAAACACAGACAGAACUCUGAUUGCCUCUAGUAAUAACAAGCUUUCAUCAAUCAUUUGAGAAGUAUGCUCACACACAGAUAGGCUGAUUUAUUGUAAAGAGGAAAAAAAACUAUAUAUUAUAUAUAACCGUAGCUAUAUACUGUUUGUAAAAGAUCCAUUUUUAUAAUGGAGCACAAUCUUAUACAUAAUGUACAUUUUGUAUAAAAGAGCAGUGAGGUGGGAUCUGCAGCAAUCCUUUUAGUAACUGUUUACAUCCUGUAAACUCUUGUUUUAUUUUCGGCUUCAAACAGUUCUUUGCUUUUAAAAUACGAGUUGGUGCUGUUCCAGGACUGCUUUUUAUGGACUUUAUUCAUCUAAUGUUAUUACCUUGACUUAUCAAAGGGUAAAGUGAGAGAAAUAAAAGUGGUCUUUAUACUCCUUUACAGACAUAGCCCACCUUUUAUGACAAAUAGAUAUAUAUAUUUUUCACUAAAGUCAAUAUGUUUUCUUCUUCAUUAUGGGACACUUUUUCAUUGUUUUUUCACAGUUUUCCUAAAUGGACUCUUUAUAACUCAAUUUCCAACUUUAUGCUAUCAGAAAUAAUCACGUUCUUUACAGAUGCAGUUUGUAAAUAAAGAGCCGCAUGUAUUAGAUGAUUGGUUUGUUAUAUUUUUUUCCCCUUUGAAUCAACAUUUUUCAAAUUACCGUGAGCUCAUGACAGCAUUUGGUUUAAACAUGCUGCAUCAGCAUAAAAAGUGGAGCCAAGGUGUUUUCUAAAGGUUCACAUCAGGCUGGAGCUGUGAAUGGGUGAAUAUUAAUUUACCAUCUAUUGCAAAACUUCUGAAAAACAGCUCAUAAAGUAGUUUGGACACAGGUUUCCAUAUUUAAUAGAUGAAAUUUCUGUUUGGGCAAACUGGUGAAUGGAUUAAUACUUGCGCAUCACUUUUCUAGUUUACUGACCACUCAAAGUGCUUUACACUACUUGUCACAUUCACCCAUUUACAGCACAUUCACACACAGAUGGCAAAGCUGCUACAGUCGUAAACCUUUUAGUUUUAACUAAUCUCCAUUCAUCCACAAUCACACACUGCUGACCGUGUCACCAGGAGCAAUUUGAGGUUUGGUGUCUUACACAAGGACCCUUUGAUAAGUGACUACAGUGCCUGGGAUCAAACCACUUAGAGACACCUACCCCCACACACCAGCUUCAGGUAUCAAAAAUGAGGAUAUAGAAAUAAGUCAUCGCUGAUUCUCUCGCUUCUCUUUAACAUUAAAAAACUAAAAACAUCUGAACUCAACAACAGUGGAGUAAUUGUUGAAGAGUAACACCAAAGAGAGUUUUUGAUAUUGCUGUAACAAGAUGAACUUCUUAUUGAUGUCGAUUUAUGCUGUGUUAAUGUUAUCAAGACCAUUAGCAACAAGCGUGACAAUUUCAAUAUCCUCAUUUUUUAUGUUUGAAAUCAGUGCGAGGGGAUAGGUGUCAGCUGAGCAGCUCAUGAAACAGCCCUGAUUUUACAAUGCAAUGACCGCUUGGUCCACCAACAUCGACACAAGUCAAGGGGUCCUCACAAGAACUUCAACAUUCACUCAGUGAAUAAAAAUAUAUUUGACUAUCUAAUUUGAUUAUUUUGGUUGUUUUAGUUAGUUGAUAAUAGCUUUGGUUUGGACAGGAGAUCUGUAAACGUCUGAGAAUCAUCUGAAAAACCUUUACAGAGUUAACGACAUUACAAAGUGUGACCAAGUGCUGAAGUUGUUUCAUGCUUCAUUAGACAAGAUCUGAUAGAAUUGAGCUUGGUGUUCCCAUCCAAUCCUCUGGUUUUAGGAUAAAUUGAUUCAAAGUCGGACAGUGUUGGACUUCCCUUCACCUGCCUGUUGGAGGCAGUAGUAAACAUUGGCUCCUACUGUAACAGAUUGGUUGUUGUUUCAGGGCGGGAAACUUGUCGCCCUGCUCGCCCACCAUGCUCUCAUGACCAAACUAUUCACUCUGAAGGGGUGGCAGACUGUGUCGUCUGAGAGGGUCUUGAGCCUGUUGAAUAAAAUAUGAUUGCCCAGCCACAAUGCAAAAUGACCGGCAACCCCCUGAAACAAAAGUGUCUCUGUGCUGCAGAGACGGCUUUCUGAGAAAAGCCACUGUCCUCUGUCCUUUGGAGUUGGUGGAGGACGGCCUGUCAGGCAAGCGUUUGGGAUUCCAGUACGGCCACGACUGUAAGAGACACAUACUGAAUGUCUGCUGUCCAGAUGAAAAGCACAUGAAUUUUAAUGCACCGCAUUGUUCCAUAUGUGGGAGACAGACUGAGAGCACCCUUGAGGCAGCGUGAGAAUAAGCGAGGACAAAGUCACUGGACUUCUGUGUCGGCUAAGAUUUCAAAACAGACUGCUCAUUGCUGCUGUAGUAAAACCUGAUGUACUGUGUGAUGGCGGUGUCGUUUAAAGGCUGUUUAAACCACUCACACAUUUGGAGGGAGUGCAGCAGGAGUCAGAGGCUGGAGGGAAGAGAAGCACAUUUGUCACUUGAGGGAAAAUUACCAACUCAAGCCAGUCAUGAACUUUAGUUUCAAUCACAAUUUACAGAUAUUUUCUAUUUAUAUACACAUUUUCCCUCUUCAGUUUUUAACAAGUGGAGAGAUGGGUGCUUGAGUAUGAUGGCAGAUCUCAUUUGAGCUUCUUUUAGGCCACUUAUUUAACUCUAAACUUCUCAGAUGGUUUGAUAUGAAUAUUAUUUGAGACCAAUAAAGGCUAAACUAAAACAUGUUCCAAAAAUACUGAUUAAAAGAAGUAUGCCUUAGAUUUGUAUCAGGCGUUACUGGAUCAUUUCUUCUUUCUUUUCACAAAGAACUUUUUCUUCUAACUCUUUGAUAAACCUGAAAUGAAGAGGCACCUGAUCUCCAAACUAGUUAAAAUAAUGUUAACACAUUAAUACAUCAUCAGGGGGAGAGGAAGCCAUAUCCUUUACAUAAGAUAUGUAAAUCUUAUCAUCAUCAUCUAUAAAAUGUACUUAAAUUAUUAAAAAAAAAAAAACACUAAUGAGGAAAGCAAAUAGUCUCUGUUAGUUAUUAAGGUUUAAAAAUAAGAAACAUGCUAGUUUUAAAGUUCCCAUGUGGAGUUUUUUUAACCUUUCAAAAUACAAUGAAAAUUGUGUAGAUGUCUUAUAAAUGUUAUAUAAAUGCAAACAAGACCAUCAAGACUGAGGAUUUUUAUGUUGUAACUUUUGAAACCCCAAACUGUGUGAGGAAGAAACAUUCCAGUUUUUUAUAACUUCCACACAAAAUAUUCACAAUAAAUCAAACAUUUGACUGUCAAAAGUCAGCAGGAUAAAUUUUUUUUUGUUGUUGUCAAAUGACUGCUAAAGAAUAUGGACAGUGGGAUAAACAAAGACAGCUUUGUUCACAGGAGGCAACAAAAUUGAUAAAAACUGAAAAUUCCUCACAGGAGCUUUAACUCCUUAAUGAAGUAUUGGGUAGUUUAGUCCACAGGAAUCAUCAUAUGUCAUGGUGUUGCAUCAGAUUAAUGUAUAUUUGUGGUAAAAAUAACAAACAAAAAAACUUAAAUGUAACAGUUGAAUAUAAAAAAAGUACAUUAAAACUCCUCUUCUGGAGGUUUUAGCUGGUUAUGGGGCACACUGAAAAUAUCAAUGGUACUUCUUUAUGACCAACAAAAGCAGACAAGGUGAUCAGAGACAAGAUUUAUUAUUUCUACAUGAUUUCUUUUACCCGAAACUGCUGCUACUCAAAGUCAGAUGUAACUAGCUGCUGAAACAGACAUGAUUCUUAAAGGGUGAAACAUCUGACUACUUGGCGAGAUGUUGUGAUUUGGAAAAAAAACAUUACCCUACGUAGAUGGAAGAAAUUCAGCGAUUAGUUAUGAGGAAGAAACAAAACUCAAAGU